GUCAGCGGCCGCUCCCGAAGCGGGUGGACCAGGGCUCUCUGCGCCCCGGAACGCCGCCGGAGGAGGGCACCGCACGGCCGCGAGCCCGGAGAGCGUCGACCGCUCCGGGAGCCGCCGAGAGGAUCGGCGCGGUCCGGUCCCCGCCCCUCCCGGUGGCCGGUCGGGUCCGCGCCGGGUCUCCGGGCUGGGCGCCGUGGCGUUGCCCCGGAGCCGGCCACCCGCGGGGCGCGCACCGCCUUAACCCGGGCGGCCCCGCGGCAGGCAGACGCCCGCAGGUCCAUGGUGGGUUCGGAGCGCGAUGAGCCGCCCGUCCUCCACCGGCCCCAGCGCUAACAAACCCUGCAGUAAGCAGCCGCCGCCGCCGCAGACCCAGCACGCUCCGUCCCCGGCUGCGCCCCCUGCCGCCGCCACCAUCUCGGCUGCGGGCCCCGGCUCGUCCGCGGUGCCCGCCGCGGCAGCGGUGAUCUCAGGCCCCGGCGCCGGCGGCGGGGCCGGCCCGGUGUCCCCGCAGCACCACGAGCUGACCUCGCUCUUCGAGUGCCCGGUCUGCUUCGACUAUGUCCUGCCCCCCAUUCUGCAGUGCCAGGCCGGGCACCUGGUGUGUAACCAAUGCCGCCAGAAGUUGAGCUGCUGCCCGACGUGCAGGGGCGCCCUGACGCCCAGCAUCAGGAACCUGGCUAUGGAGAAGGUGGCCUCGGCAGUUCUGUUUCCCUGUAAGUAUGCUACCACGGGCUGUUCCCUGACUCUACACCAUACAGAGAAACCAGAGCAUGAAGACAUCUGUGAAUACCGUCCCUAUUCCUGCCCCUGCCCUGGAGCCUCCUGCAAGUGGCAGGGGUCCCUGGAAGCCGUGAUGUCUCAUCUCAUGCAUGCCCACAAGAGCAUCACUACCCUUCAGGGAGAGGACAUAGUCUUUCUAGCAACAGACAUUAACCUGCCAGGGGCUGUGGACUGGGUGAUGAUGCAGUCCUGUUUUGGGCACCACUUCAUGCUGGUACUUGAAAAGCAAGAGAAGUACGAAGGUCACCAACAGUUCUUUGCCAUUGUCCUCCUCAUCGGCACCCGUAAGCAAGCUGAGAACUUUGCCUACAGACUGGAGUUGAAUGGGAACCGGCGGAGGCUGACCUGGGAGGCCACACCCCGGUCCAUUCAUGACGGUGUGGCUGCAGCCAUCAUGAACAGUGACUGCCUUGUUUUUGACACAGCCAUAGCACACCUCUUUGCAGAUAAUGGGAACCUUGGAAUCAAUGUCACAAUAUCUACAUGCUGUCAGUAAGGCUCCAGGAGGCUUUUGUAACCCUGGGAAGUUAUUUGGGCAUAGUGCUCUAUGUUUAAUAAAGUUUUUUUAAUAGAUGUUUUAUUCAUAUGUCUUCCCAAGUCAGGAACCACAACUGUCCUCUAUUCUGUUUAAAUGGCAGCUUCCUGUCUGGCCCUGAUGAAAGAAAGUUCACUGAACUGUGAUAAAUGGGGUUGGCCUGUUAGUAAUUCGGAGGUUGUUCUGUGAUCUCAGAUCAACUCUAUGCUAUUUACUUCCUGAACAGCUCUUGACAGAUUGCUCAGGACUGCCUCCCACCUGCCUCAUCCUGAACUGACAAAAGCACAGUGGCUUUCAUAAGAGUUCUUUUAUAUUUAGGAGGUUGGAAUUGCUUUAAUAUCUUCAGGCUGGGUAGCUGACUAGUUUAUACAGAAUCACCUGUUGCACUCAUCUCCAACACAGCUAGAAAAUCCAUAGUUGAACAACCUCGUCUUUUCAGAGUUUGAAGAUUGCUGCCUCGAACUGUAGAAGAGGGUCCAGGAUCUAAAGGUGCUUUAAGGCCACCCUCUGCUGCCACCAUUGGUCUCUACUGUUUGUUCCCACAACCUCUGCACACACGUUUAAAACCAGAACUCUAAAUCCAUGUGGACGCACUCCUGAGGUUUGGUCGCUCUCAUGCCUUCAGUUGAGAGUUCUCACAUAGCUAGCUCUUAACCAUAGUACGGAUGACCUGUUUACAUAUGGCUUCCCUUGGAAGCCCUUCUUGACUGUGACUGAUAUGAAAGACUAGAUCAGUAGUUGGGAAGCCUUUAUAACCAGUGUCACAUGCUUGCUACUCUAAAAGCAUGUGUCGGUUGUGUGGGUUUGGUUUUUCUUGGUUUUGUUUUUGUCCUUUCCCACCCCCAACACUCACUUUAAUUUUUUAAUAAAAUUUUUUCAAAAAAUAAA